AUGUUCGGCCGUCGGCGAAGACCAGUUCUCGGAGCCGCCGUACUCGUCGGCGCAUCCAGAAUGGCUGCUAGACGUGAAGUACAGAGGCAGGCCAUGAUGGAUUCUCAGCGUGAGAUGGAUAUACAGCGUGAAGUUGAUAUGAGGAGGCUCCAAGAGGCGGAGAUGGAACAACGAACACAGCGCGCUGUCGACGAAGCGAUGAAAAAGGCGGCUGCGGAAAACGCAGUUCCUCAACAGGGCGCCGCUGUGGUGGUAUCGCCGCCUCCCCAGCAAAUCUACCAUACCCCAUCACCAAUGCCAAUGCAAAUGCAAUCGCCGCCCGGACAGCCCUACACACUGGCACCAAACAUGAUGCCUGGCGUUCCGCCCGAACAGAUGGCUCGCAUCCCGUCUCCGCAGCCACCAGCAUACUCCUCAGAGUAUCUACCACAAGAUCGGCCGAAGAGUGCGCAGGGCAUCGGCUCUGCAGAGUCAAAUGUUCGAUAUUGUACAGAAUGUGGCUUCGGUUGCCAAAUUGGAGAUAAAUUCUGUAGUCGAUGCGGCGCAAAGCAGGCCUGUUAG